AUGUCUGCCGAGCACCACUCGUCCCAACCCGCGAGUAAGUCUGAUAAUGAAUCUGGACAUGAAUCAGCGAAUGACGGAUAUGAAUCGGACGGUAGAAUGCAAGGCGUCCUCUUUGUCGCGCCCGAUCACAUAGGCCUUCUCGGAUGGUCAUGUAUUCUCAUCAAUUACGACGUUCCAGAAGAGAUAGCCCGGCAACUAGAGGAUCUGUGGGGCCCUGAUGCGAAGUACGAGGAGAUCCCGGAGCAUCCCAAAGCAUACGAGGGUGAGUUGACUGACGACGAGGAGGUAGAGGGACGAGAACAAGCACAACCGGCGGAGGAACAUGCCAAGAAGGAAAGGCCCGCACAGUGA